GUGCAUACUAUGGCCGAUCAAGUCACACCCAAACCCACCCCUCUGUCCUCCAAUUGAACCACCGCCCUUCCAUCCUUUCUUCCUUUCUUUCUUUCUUUUCUUUCUUUCUUCUGUCUGUCCUUCUUUCUUUCGAAGACGACCGUGGAUCCGGGAAAGUCUCCACGAGAAACCAAACGAGACUAGAAACGUUCUGAUCGCGUCCUCGAUAAAAUAUUCCUUGACGUACGUUCCGAACUCGACGGUUGGAAACAAUUUGUUACUUCUAUUCUCUUUACUUUUCCUAUACUCGCCGUGUGUUUCGAACUUUUUAAAGCAAAAGUAGUGUGAAACGUGAAUUGUGCGUUGUUUCAUCUUACAAGUUAUUUCCACGAAAUUAACGAUCGAAAAUACAAAUUUGUGAUAAACGUAUUUAACAAAACGCGAAGGGAUUUAUGGUUUUUGACAUUACAGCUUCUUUUGUUUCUUUUGUGAAGUGUUACGUACAUCUCAAAUAAUGGAUGUACUUAUUGAAAGAACUUAAAAAAAUUAUUAUUUUUGUUCGCAACUAAUCGAAUCUAAAUCGACGAGAAUAAUUUUAAAUGGCAUCUUGUAUAUUGAGAUUUAUUGGAACAUUUAAUUCUUUCAAGAAUUAUCAUGUCGUGGAAAAUGGUAGCAAAAUUGUCUCUUUCAUGUAUAAUCAUAACUUUUUAAAGACUCAUAUUCCUGUAAUCAACAGCACACGGAAUACAUCAUUUUUUAAUAAACGUCCUGCUGAGCAGUUAUGGAAAGGUGUAACUAGCGUUAGUAAUGCAGGAAAACGGAGAGGUAGAGCACGUGGAGUGGCAAGAAGAAAGGAUUUGAAUAAGGGUCAAAUUAUUGGCGAGGGGAGAAUACCAAUACAGUUUCCUGGAUUAAAUGUACCAGUUAUUCAUGGAAAAGAGAUAUUAAGACAACAUAAACUUCCCGAAGAUCCUGAAAGACAAGAGAAGCUUAUUAAAUUACGUGAGUCUAUGUCAGCACGGAAACGUGUUAAAUUGUCUCCUUUGGAACGUGGUUGGACGAGUUAUAGACCUGGAGGAAUGAAAAUAGGUCCUCCUGAACCAGUCGGAGAUGAUACAUUUGAGGGUUUUGAAUCAUGGGUACUGGAAUGUAAGUUAGUUAGCACCAUGACCCACAAUCUGGGACGUAAAAGUAGAGUUAGUGCAAUGGUUGUAACCGGUAAUGGAAAUGGAUUAGCUGGAUAUGCUGUAGCAAAAACAAAGGAAACGAAACACGCUUUAGCUGUAGCCAAAAGAAGAGCUGGAAGUAAAGUAGUAUAUAUAAAUAGAUACAACAAUCAUACUGUGGUACAUGAUUUUUAUACGCAAUGUGGAAAGACUAAGAUAUUUGUACACAAAAUGUACGAAGGUUUUGGUCUUGUAUGCCAUAGAGCGAUAAAAUGUUGUUGCGAAGCGAUUGGUAUAAAGGAUAUUUAUGCUAAAGUAGAAGGUGCUAUAAAUUAUCAGAAUAUCAUUAGAGCAUUUUUCGAGGGUCUCUUAAGACAGAAAUCAUUCCAAGAAAUGGCAGAUGAGAAACAGUUACAUUUGGUCGAAUUUAGAAAAGAAAACGAUUAUUUCCCUGUCGUUGUUGCCUCUCCGGCUCAAGUAAGAACAUCAGAGCAAAUAAAUCCAAGUGAAAUUUUAGAUUUUAGUCAAUAUUUAAUGGAUGGUAAAGUUGUAUUAAAGAGAAAGAAACCUCCUCCAUUCUAUACAAAACUUGAUUCUUGGAACACACAUCUGAAAAAAAUGGAACGUAUUAGAAAUAAGAAAGAUGUUAGAAUGAGAUUGUACGCAGAAUAUGGUGAUGUUCGUAGUUUUCUUGCAGAAAAAUAUCCAGAAGCAAAAGCGAUAUUUUGGUCGAAAAAACGAGUACUAGCAGAAAAAGAAGCGAAGGAGAAUCAAUAACUUGAGAAUAUUCUUUCAAGAUUGUGUGUAGAAAUCUUUUUAGUUAUGAAUAAACUAUGACUAAUAACAUCGAUGUAUUGUUUAAAUAAAGAAUUUACGAAUAAAU